AUCAGAUUUCAUGCUGGUUACUUUAGAAUAAGCCUGUCUCUUGGUAGCCAAGCUUUAUUGUGGAAGACACUAAUCGAACCAACUGACGAUGAUACAAGCACUCUACGACGUGUCUUCCACAAACUCCACCCCACAGCUUUUCAUGUGUUAUGGUCUCUUGCUUUCUUUACCCUUGUUUUACUUUCUCUUUUAUACAUUUUGCGAUACUUGUUUUACUUUAAGAUGGUGAAAAUAGAAUUGUUACACCAUGUAGGGGUUAACUAUCUAUAUGCCCCUUGGAUUUCAUGGCUUCUUUUACUUCAUUCUGCACCAUUUGUUAAUCCAAAAACCUCGUAUCUUGUUCUAUGGUGGGUUUUUGCUGUUCCGGUGGUGGCGCUUGAUGUGAAGAUUUAUGGUCAGUGGUUUACCAGAGGAAGGGAGUUUUUAUCAACAGUUGAAAACCCAACAAGCCAGUUAUCCGUCAUUGGGAACUUGAUUGGCGCACAAGCAGCAGCUGAUAUGUGGUGGAAAGAGAGCGCUGUUUGGUUAUUUUCACUAGGGAUGGUGCAUUAUUUGGUGCUUUUUGUAACACUUUAUUAGCGACUAUCUGGAAGCCAUCGGCUUCCAGCCAUGCUAAGGCCAGUUUUCUUCUUGUUCUUUGCAGCACCCAUUAUAGCAAGCCUGGCUUGGGAAUCCAUAGCGGAUGAUUUUGAUACUGCAUCAAAUAUGCUUUUCUUCCUCUCGCUGUCCCUCUUCACUUCACUGGUAAAUAGACCAACACUCUUCAAGAGAUCAAUGAGAAGGUUCAAUCUGGCAUGGUGGGCUUACUCAUUUCCUCUGACUCUGCUUGCUCUAGCUUCAACUGAACAUGCACAAGAAGUUAAAGGCGACAAUAAACAAGUUCUAAUGCUUUCCCUUUUGUUUGAUAAUCUUCACUCUGCUCAACCCCAGCAUGCUAUUACCAGACAAUGA